AUGCCCAAACUCAGGCUGAAGCGCACUCCUGCCGAGGAGCGCGAGCGUGAACUGCGCAAAGCUCGCAAGGCAGCCAAGAAAGCCGCUCGCCCGCGCGCUGCCACUUCAAAUCAUUCCGGCGAUGAGGGGCCGUACUGGGACUCCCAAGACGAAGCUGAGCGUGCAUCUCGUCAUGGCGCGCGCAAACGACGACGGACAGAGAGUCCCUCGCCCCGUGCGCGCCGACCCUCACUGAGCGACGACGAUGAUGGGUACGGGCCCCAACCUGCGCGCCUCAGCGCAGCUGACUACGAAUCUAUCCUGCGUGAGCUGGAGGAAGAACGUUUUCGAGAGAAGCUGCUCGACGCAGCGGAGGACGAGGGCUACGGCUAUGGCAACAGCCGGCUGGACGAGCUCGAAGCGCGUCUCAACUCGUAUCAGCACCUCCCGCGAAGAUGGCAGUCACCUCCGUCGAGGAUGGGUGUGGGCGCGGACGACUCGCGGUACGAUCCGAACCAAAUGGACGACGAAGAGUAUGCGGAGUGGGUGCGCGCUGGAAUGUGGCGGAGGAAACAUGGUGCGGAGUACGAGGCAGAACAGGAGCGACUGCGCGCGCAGGAGGAGAGGAGAAGAAAGGAAGACGAGCUCAGAAUCGAGACGAAGAGGCUGAUGAGGCGAGAACGCGAGGAACGGCGGAAACGAAAGGCGUUGAAGAACCUGCGGCGGUGGGAGGAGUACGAGGAUGCGUGGAGGGAAAUAUCAGAAGCCGAUGGCAAGGACGGAACCAUGGCGUUCGCAGACGUGCCUUGGCCUAUCGGGACCAAAGGAGAGACGGUCUCGGCGGAGGACCUCACACCGGAUAACAUCUCGGUCUUCCUCUUCUCGAAGCUCAGCGUCGAUCAGACGGUAGACGAUAUCGCGAAGCAAAAGAAGGAUACGAUUCGCGCAACCCUUCUCCGGUUCCAUCCCGACAAAUUUGAAGGCCGGGUAAUGCGCAGGGUGAAAGAAGAAGAUAAAGAUGCCGUGAAGGAAGCCGUCGGACGCGUUGCACGGGCUCUCAACGCUCUCAUGGGCAACAGCGGGACCUGA